UCUCUGAGAUAACGCAACAUCCACUGUGUGUUUAUGGUACCACAGAGAAACCAGGGCUCGCAGACUUCUGCUUCGCACAGGGAAUGAAGAUACAAAGUCUCGGACUGUUAGACAACUCAAGUUUAGAGCUCUGCACGCUGUUUACUGGUGGAUAUGAAAAAACUGAUCUGAGACGGACUUGAUACGUUUUGUCAUUUGGAUGUUGUUUGCGGCAGACUGGCCAGAGACAUGAACAACAUUUAUUCGGUUCAGGCGGAGGAACCAGAGAACAGGAGCAAAGUUAAAGAGUCCUUCACAUUUGUGUCGGAGGAAAAGAGGAAUGUCUGGAAGGACAGUAGAGAGGAGCGGUCGGAGCCCUCCUGUUGUCUGAGCGUCAGCCAGAUCUCCUACACAGUCAGUGAGCGUGUGGGUCCAUGGUGGGACCUACCUUCCUACAGGAAGCGAUGGACUCGUCAGAUCCUAAACGAUGUCUCCUUCCAUGUAGACAGCGGGCAGAUCAUGGGCAUACUGGGAAAUUCAGGCUCAGGAAAGACCACGUUAUUAGAUGCCAUCUCAGGGAGGAUUGGACACCGAGCUACUCUGCUGGGUGAGGUCUUCAUAAAUGGCAGGAAACUGAAGAGAGAAGAGUAUCAGGACUGUUUCUCCUAUGUACUGCAGAGUGAUAAUUUGUUGAGUUAUCUGACAGUGGAGGAGACGCUGACAUACACAGCCCAGCUCGCCCUGCAGAGACACUCGGCUGAAGCGAUCAAGAAAAAGGUAUCCACCGUGAUGGCCGAGCUGAGUCUGAGUCACGUGGCCCAUAGUGUUAUUGGAGGUCGUAUUUUCCCAGGGAUCUCUGGGGGGGAGAGGAGGAGGGUCUCCAUAGCCAGCCAGCUACUUCAGGACCCAAGGGUGAUCCUAUUGGAUGAGCCGACCACUGGCCUGGACAGCAUGACCGCCAAUCAGAUUGUGGUGCUCCUGGCAGAGCUGGCCCGGAGGAACCGUAUCGUCAUAGUGACCAUCCACCAACCACGCUCCGAGCUCUUCAGGGUGUUCAGCAGGAUAGCUAUAAUGAGUCGUGGAGAGCUGGUGUUCUGUGGGCAGCCAGGAGAGAUGGUGGACUUCUUCAGUCAAUGUGGUUAUGAGUGUCCAGAGUACUGCAACCCAUUUGACAUCUACGUUGACUUCACCUCAGUGGACACACGCAGCAGUGAGAGGGAGGCAGCCACGUUCAGUCGCAUGCACGAGAUCACGUCAUCCUACCAGAGGUCUGCCAUCUACCAAAGCAUGCUGGGAAAAAUAGAGCAGAGCCUGAAGCGGGAAGAGAAACCAGUCGUCCCCUUUAAGAGCAAAGAGUCACCCAAUGGUGCAGCCAAACUGGAAGUUCUGCUCAGGCGGACUUUAAGAAACCUUUCCAGAGACAGAAUGGGUGUUCUGAUGCGUCUGUCCCAGAACCUGAUCUACGGCCUCUUUGUGGCCUUUUUCGUCAUGCAUCUCGACAACGACGUCACAAAGGGUGCCUUGCAGGACCGCAUUGGAAUCAUCUAUCAGAGCAUUGGUGCUUCGCCCUACACUGGCAUGCUGAACGCUGUGGCACUCUUCCCGGCGUUGCGAGCCAUCAGUGAUCAGGAGAGUCAGGAUGGUCUGUACAGUAAAUGGCAAAUGUUCUUGGCCUACAUCUUCCACAUCCUGCCCCUCAGCAUCCUGAGUGUCGUCAUCUUCACCUCUUUCCUAUACUGGACGGUGGGGAUGCACCCCGAGACCUUACGGUUCCUGUGUUUCACUGCUGUGGUCCUCGUACCACAUAUCAUAGGCGAGCUGCUGACUGUGGUGUUAUUAGGAGUGGUCCAAGACCCGAACAUGGUCAACACUGGAGUGGCUCUGCUCAAUAUCGCAGGGAUCUUGGUGGGAUCUGGCUUCCUAAGAAGCACUCAGCAGAUGCCGAAGGUCUUCCAGUGGCUCAGCUACCUGACCUUCCAGAAGUACAGCUGUGAGCUGCUCAUCGUCACAGAGUUCGAAGGACUCAACUUCACAUGCAAUAUUUCCAAACCUUUGCCGGGAGCCUGUAUGAUCACUCAUGGAAGUCAGGUCAUCGAUGAGGGAUAUCCAGGCGCUCUGUCGAGAUACACACUAGACUUUGUUCUGCUCUACUCCUUCCUCCCUGCCCUCCUGCUGCUCGGUAUGAUCAGCUUCAAGAUCCGAGACAAGCUCGUGCGUCACUAGAACCACAGACCUCAACUGAGUUUGGUUCAGAGGAUCCAACAACAUAUUAAGGACACAUUACUAACAGUAAGAUCAUGUUGACUGAAGAUGAGCUGAAGUAUUGUGGCUCUUACUAACUCAUCAUCUGCAUUUGCACUUAAUCCUUGUCC